CAGAGUACCUACAGAACUUGCAGACAGCUUGGUCCUUAGGUAAUGUGGUAAGGUACCUUAUUAGUCGGGCGCUAGGACUCUCAAGUCUCUACCACUUACCUACGCAGUACCUUACCUCACACAGCCCGUAAUAAAGUACGGAAGUACCAGACAGUGAAUGAGCAUCAGUGAUCACCGACACACACCACCCAACAGCACCCACACGCCCCCCCGAGACCCCCAAGAACGGUUGACCCCAAGGCAGUCACAUUAUUCCAGGCCCCGAUUUACUAUCAACUCCCAUCCCGCUGCUUCCCACCUUACAUUCCACCACCACCGACCGACCUUUACGCAGUACUCGCACCCUCGCCCCUCCCGCCGCGCAACCACGAAUCUUUUGAUCCACGACGGCUGCUUUCGCGACCCUCGAUCCCUAUCUCGAUCAACGUCACAUCGCCCUCAUUUUCUCCAUUACGACUUGGACCACCUUUUCCGAACGCCAGCGAACGAGUCCGUCCGGCGACAUUCGAUACAACCGCCAUUCUAGACCAGCCUCUCGCUCCGUGUGUUGGGCUCAUCAAACGCCGACUUUCCUGCCAUCGCCCGCUUCUUCCCCAAAACCUCUUCUUCACUUUACGCAAAAAUGGCUGCCCGAGGCCCCGGUGCUCCAGGUGCGCGCGGAAUGAACACGCGCUUUGCGCAGUUCAAGCUCGUCUUGCUAGGCGAAUCCGCUGUUGGAAAGAGCUCCAUCGUGUUGCGUUUCGUCAAAGACCAGUUUGACUCCUACCGCGAAUCGACCAUCGGCGCCGCCUUCCUGACCCAGACCAUUUCCCUCGACGAGAACACCACAGUCAAGUUCGAGAUUUGGGAUACGGCCGGACAGGAGCGAUACAAGUCCCUUGCACCCAUGUACUACCGCAACGCAAACUGCGCUGUAGUAGUCUACGACAUCACCCAAUCUGCAUCCCUGGAUAAGGCAAAGGCGUGGGUCAAGGAAUUGCAGAGACAAGCCAAUGAAAACAUCAUCAUCGCCCUCGCCGGCAACAAGCUGGAUUUGGUCACCGAGCAGCCCGAUAAGAGAGCGGUGCCCACGGCCGACGCCGAGGCGUAUGCGCGCGAGGCCGGACUCCUCUUCUUCGAGACAUCAGCCAAGACGGCCGAGAACGUCAAGGACCUCUUCACUGCUAUCGCCAAGAAGCUGCCGCUUGACCAGGCCGGCCCUAGGCACGCUCGGCCAGGCCAGCGACAGGGCGUCAGCCUUCAACCCGAGACUCCCGGCAGCAAUGUCAGCGGGCCUUGCAGCUGCUAAGUGAGAAGAGACUCACAUUCCAACAUCAUCAUCAUCACAUAUCGAACGAGCCCAAAGGAAAUCGGCGAAAGAUUGGCAUCACGUCCGAGGCGAGGCAGGCUCCCGUUGUUGGCAGACUGCGCGAGGGCACCCAUGAGUUCAGGCACCGCACCAAUACAAGCACGCACACGACGGCGUUUGGGCUGGAUGGGUUUGGGCUGAAGAAGAGCGUUGUCGCAAACCCCGACACCAAAGAAUGGGUAUGCCAGACCCAGCUUUUUAAUAUCAACAGUACUUUUUUUUGAGAGAGAGAGGGAGAGAAGGGGAAGAGUCAAGGGGAGAAGAGGAGAGAGUUGCGCGCGUGUGUGUGUGUGUGUGUGUGUGUGUGUGUGUGAUUUUACAUUUCGAGUCUUUGAGCUGGUCAUUCGGUUGCGGCAACUCGGGUGUAGGGACAGUCCUGGGAUAAGACGGUGUACGGGAACGGAUUCACUUUACUGGGGGAAGCAUCCUGCAGCAUUUUUCUGAUGUACAGUAUGCGAUAGAGGCAACUGUUUCUCAAGGAUGGGGCCGUAUACAAUUUCUUAUCGUUUCAUUUCUGGGCUUGGUGAUGCACUACACAUGGUCCUAUGGACGCAUAUACACACAGCUCGUGGAUGCCGAUGAAGAUUUCCAAAUGGAGCCACCAAGGAAGUGAAGCUUGGUGACGUAGUUGUAGGUAUUAUCUUUUUUUCCACCGAAUAAUUCGCCAG